GUGCCGUGGUAAAUGAAAAGCGUGUCAUCUUGGAGACAUUAAUGAUAUCGUCUUUUUCCUAUAUCUCGCAGAGGGUAAAGGGAAUGUGGAGAAAGUCAUGGAGAGGGUGGCUCGAAUCCAGGAGCUGAAGGAGGCUCUCAGAGAGGAGACACUGAAGAAUGGGGCCCUUACAGAGAAAUCUGACCUCUGUCAACAAUCUCAAUUGGAAGACAAUAAAGCAAAGGAGCGGAGGAGGCAACUUAAAGAGGAUCAUGGGAGAUUAAUCCAGGAGGAGGUGGAGAAGAUGGAGAGAGACUUGGCGCAGGAGCAGCUACCGACGGAGGGUCCCCAGAGAGAGCUGCUGGUGCUGACCAGAGAGAGGCAGGUCCUGGUGCUGCAGAUGGAGGCCCUACGCACUGAGGCCCUGCAGGCCGAGAGAGAGCUGCAGGAUCAGUAUCACAGACAGCAGAAGGAGCUGUGCUGUCUGAGGGAGGAGAGUCUGCAGGUGUUCAGGGCGUUUCGUGAGGUGAGCGAGGAACACAGGAAGACGUCAGAGGGCAGAUACAGAUGUGUGCUGCUGGAGGCUGUGCAGGACGCCGUCUACCUCUCUGCACAGAACCAGCAGCUGCAGGCGGACAACAGACAACUCCACAGAGGUCAGUGUGCGUUUAACCUCCACCAGAGCGACUGUAAAUUUACAGAUACUGAUGUAAAAUAUUGA